CUAACAGUCAAUCCAGUGAUUACAAGCAAAAGCUUUAAGCACUAUAAUGAAGUUUGUUUUAUUAACAUUAUUCAUAACAAUUACAAUAGUAAAUAUUGUUAAUUGUCAUGAAGAAGCUCUUCAAAAUAAUGAACCAUUACGUAUUCAAGAAACAAAACAGGAUAAUCUACAACCAACGAUAGAUUCUAAAAAUAUUCUUCUUACACGUUUAACACGUACACAUCAUGGUCAUGGAGAAAGUUAUUCUUCAUGUAGUACUUGUCAAGGUAAUGUUCAGGAGCAUAAACCUCAAAAACAACAAGGUGGAGAGUGUACUACAUGUGGAGGAGGAGGCGGAGGUGGUGGUAGCGGAAGCUUUUCACAAUCUUCAUCUCAAUCAUCAUCUGGAUCAUUUUCAGGAAGAAAUGGAAAAAAGAAAUAA